ACUGCUUCCGGGUCGCGGCGGACGUCGUUUCCGUAGCAGCAUGGCGGCCACGGAGGAUGAGCGGCCGGCGGGGAGUGGAGAGGGAGAGCGACUGGAUUUCCUACGGGACCGGCACGUGCGGUUCUUCCAGCGCUGCCUCCAGGUCUUGCCGGAGCGCUACUCUUCGCUCGAGACCAGCAGGUUGACUAUUGCAUUUUUUGCACUCUCUGGGCUGGAUAUGUUGGACUCCUUAGAUGUGGUGAACAAGGAUGAUAUAAUCGAGUGGAUUUACUCCCUGCAGGUCCUUCCCACAGAAGACAGAUCAAAUCUAAAUCGCUGUGGUUUCCGAGGCUCUUCAUACCUGGGUCUUCCAUUCAAUCCAUCAAAGAAUCCUGGAACAGCUCAUCCUUAUGAUAGUGGCCACAUAGCAAUGACCUACACUGGCCUUUCAUGCUUAGUUAUUCUUGGAGAUGACCUAAGCCGAGUAAAUAAAGAAGCUUGCUUAGCAGGCUUGAGAGCCCUUCAGCUAGAAGAUGGAAGUUUUUGUGCAGUACCUGAAGGCAGUGAAAAUGACAUGCGAUUUGUAUACUGUGCUUCCUGUAUUUGCUAUAUGCUCAAUAACUGGUCUGGCAUGGAUAUGAAAAAAGCCAUCAACUAUAUUAGAAGAAGUAUGUCCUAUGACAAUGGGUUGGCACAGGGAGCUGGACUUGAAUCUCAUGGAGGAUCAACUUUUUGUGGCAUUGCAUCACUGUGCCUGAUGGGUAAACUAGAAGAAGUUUUUUCAGAAAAAGAAUUGAACAGGAUAAAGAGGUGGUGUAUAAUGAGACAACAAAACGGUUAUCAUGGAAGACCUAAUAAGCCUGUCGACACCUGUUAUUCUUUUUGGGUGGGAGCAACUCUAAAGCUUCUGAAAAUUUUCCAGUAUACUAACUUCGAGAAAAAUAGAAAUUAUAUCUUAUCAACUCAAGAUCGCCUUGUAGGGGGAUUUGCCAAGUGGCCAGAUAGUCAUCCAGAUGCUUUGCAUGCAUACUUUGGAAUUUGUGGCCUGUCACUAAUGGAGGAAAGUGGCAUUUGUAAAGUUCAUCCUGCCCUGAACGUAAGCACACGGACUUCUGAGCGCCUUCGAGAUCUCCAUCAGAGCUGGAAAACCAAGGACUCUAAACAGUGCUCAGAGAAUGGACUGGAAGAGUACAAGGCAGAGUCUGUGGUGCUGGCGAUGUUCUGUUUCAUAACUUAGGUGCUGGUUACAUAGGUGCAUUCACUUUAUGAAUAUCAAGCUGUACACUUAUGAUUUGUGCACUUUUCUGUAUGUAUAAUUACAGUUCAAUAAAAAUGUUUACUAAAAAGAAUA